CUUCAUCCAUCUGCAAUCACAACCAUCCACUACCCCUGACCUUACGGUACCGCACACAUCAUCCCGCAAACUUGCAUCAUCAUGAGUGCCCCAAUUGAGUCCCUUCGUCGAUCCGUCGAGCUUGAGACUAUUCAAGAACUCUCGGAUGUCUCUUUUAUGAAUGCCGUCGCAGCGAUAUUUAUCAAUGAGAUUGAGUGCUUGAAGAGAGUGACAUGGGCCAGUGAGAGAGGUGACAAUCAGUCGCCCGUCCAGGGAACCCUCGUGAAAGGGGCAUCGGACAAAGUCAUCAUCCUCGUUGAUCUGACCCCAUCCAAGUUUCUAUUUGAUGAGGACUACCCCGACGUCAACCGCACCCUGACCAACAUCCUUGCCGUGAAGUGGGUUCUGGCCAAUGACUAUGCCGCAUUCACCCAAUCUCACCAGGAACCAGUCAAGUUGUCGCGCGACACCUUUGACAAGCUCCGUACCAUGACCCUCGACAUUCUGAAGACCCCCGACCAUACUAUCGCCUUGAUUGUAUCACUCAUCCUAGGAGAUAUGGGCAAGGAUAAUAAGUUGAUCGCUGAUCUCAUGCAGGCAGAACUGGGCGGAACAAUUGAAGAUUGGUCGGCAUUUAGAGAACUCGCCAAGAAGUAUAAAGCCAUGACUCAUGACAAGUCCUUCAUCUGGCGAUCUCCCAUGGCCUAUGUGCUCGCUGGCAUGAAGCUCGAUGCGGACCUCAACAUCCCCCAACUGAUUCAGGGCGAAAGUGUGGCGUUGUGUUUGAAAAGUCUGUUCAUGCUCAGUGGCAAACCACAGGCCUACGCGCUGAAGUAUCUAGAGACCCUGUUUGAUGUAGCCAGUGCGAGUGGCCAUAUUGACGCCCGUGGUUCCAUAUCCAUGACUGAACCGGUCUGCCAGUCAUUCCUCAUUGCCUAUCCCAUUCUCCAGCGCAUCGUUGAAAAGGGGCGCAGUACCGGCGUUGACUGCCUGAGUGAUGCAUAUAACGCCGUCCUGCGUCAUCGGAGUCAGAUCCUGACUGAUCUCGGCUCCGAGAAACGAUUCCGUAUGGAACAGCCAAGCGAUCGGGCCUUCCUUCAUCUCUGCGCGAUGGGCCGAGUAACCAGCACCACCCGAGCCGCCAUAUUCCUGCAAGCAUUCAACAACCUGCCAGAGUCAACACGUCGCCAUCUCAUUGCUGCCCUUAACGUCGAUGGCUUGGGGAGUCAAGUGCCAGCCGUUCUCUCUUACAUACCCGCCUUGUUUGCGGAGGUGCUUCGCUUUGCUCCGGGGGAGCCACUGAAGCAAGUGAAGGCCAUCAACUCCCUAAUGGCUUUCAUGUCGCGGAUGUAUCAAGGCAACAGUGCCGAGGACAUCCCGGAGGGCCGCUACCAGCAGCUUGAUCUGAGGGUCGUACUAAUACUUGUGCAAUCCAAGCCCGACACGGACCCUUCUGUCAUGUUGGAUGAUGCACGCCUUCUUCGUUCGUGUCCAAAUUAG